AUGGCAUAUAUUCCAGCGCAUGAUUAUAGUUAUAAUGAGACCCGACCAGGGGCCACUCACAGUACUUCCGAAGAUGAGCAGCGACAUCCACCCGCCCAGCAAGACUAUACAGCCCCGGAGACAGAGUCUUUAACGAGUUGGGAUGGACAGAAAGGGUUCUCUACAACCGAGUACCAUCAAGUGAAUCCUUACUGGAAUAGUGCGACGCCAAUGACCACGUCCCAUCAGCGAGGAUGGAGUGGCAGCACUGCAACAGUCAACAUACCCCUCGAACAGCCAUACCAGUAUUCGGACGAAAAAUCCCUGAAGAAGGUGCGGCGGCCUUCGAGCAUACGGUCGUGGACGCUCGAGAUUGUUACCAUCAUCCUCGCCAUCGCGGCCGUCGGCGGUAUUAUGGGUGUUCUUGCACGGUUCAAUGAUCGUCCGCUCCCAGAUUGGCCAUACUAUAUCACGCUGAACGCUCUGAUCGCUUUGCUGGCAACUGUAGCGAUAGCCACCAUGAGCAUAUCAUUACAGAAUGGUAUAUCCCAGCUGAAAUGGAUCCGCUUCAAGGAGUCAAGGGUACCGUUGGCUGAUAUGGAGACAUUUGACGAAGCCAGCCGCGGAACCUGGGGUGCUCUCAAGCUUUUGAUAAGCGCUCGUGGAGGCUUUCUUGGCUCGUUGGGUGCCGUCAUUGCUAUCGUCACUCUUGCUCUCGGGCCUUUCGCUCAGCAGAUUGUCACGUAUCAGACACGAUCGAUCAUGAUUGAGACCCCCGAUAGCGCUACAAUUGCUCGUGCACUGAACUAUACUGGUGCUCUACCAGGGGAAACAACACCUACUGGCUAUGUUCCUAUUCUGCCCCUCAAGUCAGCUGUGUACAACGGUUUGUUUGCGGAGAACGGGAGACCGAAUGCAGCCUUGAAAUUUGGAUGCCAGACAGGCAAUUGCACAUGGCCAUCCUUCGAAACUGCUGGGGUUUGCCACGAGUGCGUCGAUUUGACCCCAUAUAUGAGCAGAUACUGCGCCCCUGGUGACGAAGACAUCGGCUGUGGAUGGGAAGUUCCUCAAGGCGCAAAAUUGAACAAUAGCGCCCAAGUAUUCAGCAUGACGCCAUUAAUCCCAUCGGUGAACGGCGAUAUGCCUCAUUCAACCAUUCUAAAACUCAUCUUCAUGGGUACAGAGGCAAAGAACGGCCUGGCAGGGGAGCUGAAACCAUGGGCUCAGCAGUGCUCGCUUUCCGCUUGCCUGCAGACUAUAGACUCUACUGUUGUCAACGGCGUGCUCAACGAAAGCGUGACAAAUCGGGUUAUCAAUCAGACUGUCGUUGAUAUGACCAAGCAUACGGAAGACGCGGAUCUUGCAGCAUAUGUUACAGGUGCUGACAACGCGACCUACACUGUCGGAAAAGAAGCAAUGCUCAGCAUGCGCGGAUGGUUCUCCUCCCUCUUUGCUACUGGAUCUGCGGUCCGAACAACAAGCGACUCUAAUCGUACGAUCACUGACAACUCAGUUGUCGUAAACCUUACGGUGGGCAUCUCGAGCGGCGUGACUUUCUUCGACUCGGACAUCGUCACCGCCUUCUACUGGAACUACUAUGAGUAUAAAGACAAUGACGGCAUCGACAUGUUGAUGGCUGACAUGGCAACCUCGAUGACUGUCGCGUUCCGGUCUUUCAUGGGCGCUGUGCCAGUCUCGGGUCAGGCCAUAUCGAUGCAGUCAUUUGUACAUGUCCGUUGGGGCUUUGCCGUUCUGCCCAUCGUAAUUGUGGCUGCUACAGCAUUGUUUCUGAUGGCAGCCAUAUACCGCACGCACCAAUCCGAUACAAAACCCCUGAAGAGUAGCGCUCUUGCGAUGCUGUUUCAUGGUUUGGACGAGGACGUCAGAACGCAACUUGGCUCGGCCAGAGAUCUGGAUGACAAGAAGAGACAUGCGCGGGUAAUCAGAGUCCAGCUGGAUGAUAGUGAUGGCAAGACCUUAUUGAGAGGUUGA